AUGGCCAUGUUGCGACUUGCUUCAACCCUUCGGCAUGUUGCCAGACGAGGCUUGGUGACCGCGACGAGGCCAAAGCAAAUCAAGCGGUUUUAUGAGGAGGUGUCCAUUGAGCCAAAUGGUGACCUCUUUCGUGUGCUACUGGACGGCAAGGUAAUCAAAACGCCAAAAGGCACCACAUUGGAUUUGCCUGGGGUUGGUGUUGCGCAUCGAGUUGCGCAAGAGUGGAGGGCGCAGGGUGAAAACCUUGAGCCUCUCGAAAUGCCCUUCACGACCCUGGGAUGCACCGCUUUGGACAUCACCAAGAAAGACCCGGAGGGUUGCAUUGACCGGAUGCUGCCAUUUCUUGAGAUGGACACUGUAUGCUUCCAGGUUGAGGAGGAGUUUCUUGCAGAACGCCAGCUGCAGGAGUGGGGACCGCUGCGGGAAUGGUUCCAAACGGAGUAUUCGGUGAAGCUUGGCUUGGCAACUGGCCUUGGAUCACCUGCUCACCCUGAGGAGACCAUGGUGCGUGUUGCUGAGCAGCUCUUAGCCCGCGAUGCCUGGGAGUUAUGCGCCUUAGAAAUUGCGACGCAGACAGCAAAGUCGCUCAUUGUUGCCAGCGCGCUGCUGGAUCGCACCACCUCCGCAGAGGAAGCCAUGCGCUGGGCACAAUUGGAGGAGAACUUCCAAAUUGAGCGCUGGGGAAUGGUCGAAGGCGACCAUGACGUGACGGAGAGUGAGAUGUUGAAGUGGUUUGAAGCAUGCAGACAUUUUGGGAAGGUGCACAGGCACUCAAACGAGCUUUCGGAGUGA